UAUAAAUUUAAACUUAUAAAUGCAAUGCAUAACAAAAAAAUUGUACAGUCGUUAAAAAAUUUUUAAAAAUGUUUAAACACGUUAAUUCAUUAUUUUUCUUUUUGGUAAUUAUUUUGCCAAUUGUACUUUGUCAAUCUGAUUCAAGUACAACUGCUGCGCCUGAUCAAACUUCUCCAGCAGAAACAUCAACGAAAACUCCGAUACCAACUAACCAAACACCACCAAAAGAUGUUAAAACAACUGUAUCACGACUUACACAAUCGAAUCAAGUAAUUGAAGAUGCAAAGCUUUCACCAGUUGCUACUGGUGUCAAAAUAUUAUUGACACCAGUUGUUUAUCUCGUUAGAGGAUUAUUAUUUGUUGUUGAACUUUUACUUAAGGGAGUACUAAUUUUAGUUAAAGGUUUGGUUGAUGGACUUGUCAAAGCUCUUGGUCUUGCUGAAUUACUUCCUUUUCUCGAUCCAACAUUGGAAAGUGUAACAAAAUUAAUUACUUAUCUUUUGCAUAGUGUAAGUUGUCUAUUGGCAAGUCUUGCAUAUGGACCGGCAUUAAUGGAAUGUCCACCAAAGCCAAUAGCAUAAACGAAAAAAUAUUUAAUUCAAUUUUUAAUUUAAAAAAAUUAUAAUAUAAUCUAUGACAAAAAAAAAAAAUGUCAAAUAAAUAAAUAAACAAUAAUAAUUAAUAAACUAACAAAUAAAAAAAUUUUAAAUGUAAAAAUACUAACAAGGUUAUUUGAAAAAAUAAAAAAAAAAAAAAAAACAACAGUAUUAUU